AUGGAGAAGAAAAGGAUGGGUUGGUCUGUAUUCUCUUUUGGGAUGGUGAUUAUGGCAUUGGGUGCAAGCCUUUCAGCUGCCGAAAUCUCAUGCACUGAGGCCCUGGGAUCUUUGAUUCCCUGCACACCGUUUUUGGUGGGUUUUGGCUCAUCGACACCAAACGUUGUUUGCUGCAUGGGUGUUCAAUAUGUGUUCGAACAGGCAAACACCACCACAACUCGUAGAGACCUCUGUCAAUGUUUUCAAAAUGCUGCAUCACAGAUUGGUGCUUUGCCUGAGAGGGUAAAAGAGCUUUCCCAAUUCUGCAAUAUACAUGUUACCCUGCCCAUAGACGCCAUUAAUGUGAAUUGCAGCAAGUAA